UCUCAAACGUUUUGUCCCCACGUGUUAUCUCGUCUCUUGUACUUGUACUUAACAUGUACAUGUAGAGUUGUAGUAUUAUACUAUCAGUUCCCGUUGUCGCUGUCGGUGACCCAAAUCGAUUUUCUCCUACGGCGAUCCGGACUACGAUCGUUAGGCCGGGUUCGCUAUUUUGGGUUUAACUACACAACCCUAGGUGAACACUUGCCAACUUUUUAACAGGCUGCAUCAUUUGUUAAUACAGAACUUGACCGUUGUGUUACCCAGGCACAAUGGUCCUUGAGUGCUUGACAAGGAUUCCACAUCUUUGGGAUAAGCUAAUUUGUUCAUUUAUUAUUCGUAAAGCUGGCUUUUUCAUGCGAGAUCUUCCCGAGGACAUCCUUAUUGACAUCCUCAGUAGACUCCCUGGAGAUUAUGUGUUGGAAUGUCGAAGGGUAUGCAAGCAAUGGUUGGCAUUAACUUUAACACCUAAUUUUGUUGAACUGCAUCUUAAGAGAGCUACUCCAGUUCUUUUCCUGCCACGGUUGUUUGACAUGUUUAUUUUUGAUGAACGAGCCAAAGCGAAUCAGAUGAUCAAGAAAAUGAGUGCCGAAUUAAUGUCCUUGGAAUCGCCACAUACACCACAUCUUUAUGGGUCGUGCAACGGGUUGCUUGUGCUUUGUGAGAGGUUUCCUAAUAGGUUAUAUUUUGUCUGGAAUCCUCUUACAGGGGAAAGAGUAACUGUAAGGCCUCCGGUUUAUGAAAGUGAGGUAUGUGGGUUUUUCUUCCAUCCACGUACCAAAGAUUACAGGCUGCUUUUCAAGUACGCGGAGGGCAUGGAUUUCAAGUUCUUUAUAUACAGUUUGGGAGGCCAGUUGUGGAGAAAACUUGAUAACUUUCCUUACGAACCGAGUGCUUUGGCGACUACACUAAAUGGAGCCCUACACUGGAUGGUUCACCCUUUUCGCAUAAAUGAUAAUGAUGACAUUUGUAGCAAUUCCAUCAUGAUAUUUAACAUGGACACUGAGGAAUUUUGUUCUAAGCCUCAUCCAGGAGAGGGAUGUAUUUCACUGGAGCCGCAUUGGGAUAUGUGCAUCUUUGAGAUGAAAGGGAAAUUAGCUCUCUAUAUGUUGGAUGGCUUGGAUGUCCACGUGUGGGUUUCGGAGGAUUAUGAAAAGUGGAUUUGGGGGACAAGAUACUUGGUAGGGCUUCAUUUGGAUGUGGAACGUUAUCAUUUGGAUGUGGAACGUUAUCCGUUCAGUAAUAUGUACUGUGAUUAUGGGAAAUCAUCCCUUGGCUUUCUGGACAUCCAAAAUGAUGAGUUGCUGUUUGGAUGGGAUUUAGGAGGUUUAUUUAGAUGCAAUUUGCGUGAGAAGACUGUCGAGCAAAUUUAUGGAGUAGGUAUCAAGCAAACAUGUCAAGACUCUAAGUCUUGCCCGUUUGCCCGUUCGAAGUUGGAACGCUAUUACGGCCUCCAUUUUUUCGUUCGUUAUGCCAACUUCGAACGCUAUGAAGGCCUCCGUUUUUUCGUUCGUUAUGCCAAGACUUUUGUCUCACCAAGUGGUUUUGGGUGACCAGAAUCCAUAAUUCGAAAUAGUGUUCUAGGGUGCCCUUUCCUUUUUCAUUGUAAAAGGAUUACGGAAUUCAGAGUCUUUUCUUACGGGUUUUUGAACAAUGUAUGUCGUUUAUACAUGCACAACAACAUUCUUAUGCGUAUCUCCUGUGCUAGACA